AUGGCAGACAACACUCUGAAGGCUGCAAUCCUAGUCGUGUCAGACACAGCCUCCCAGGACCCGUCCACAGACCGAGUAUCGGAGACUCUGACGACGGUAUUUUCGACAGAGGGGCCGGGGAUCUGGCAGCAGCCGGUGACGAAGAUCGUUCCUGAUAACGUACUCGACAUCCAACGAGCCAUCUGUGACUGGACUGACGGACCCAAUUGGGUCAAUCUGAUUAUAGUCAGUGGUGGUACAGGAUUUGCUGUCAAGGAUAAUACCCCCGAGGCGGUAUCACCCCUAAUCCAUCGCCAUGCUCCCGGCCUAGUACAUGGCAUGCUGGCUGCCUCGUUGAAGGUGACGCCCUUUGCAAUGAUGUCUCGGCCAGUGGGAGGAGUCCGCGAUAAGACGCUCAUCCUCACUCUCCCCGGCUCCCCGAAAGGUGCCAAGGAGAACCUCGAGGCGGUCAUCAAGCUCCUCCCGCACGCCUGUACCCAGGCCGCCGGUGCGAACUCCAGAGCGCUGCAUGCCGGCGGCAUGAAGAAGCUCGAGGCCGACGCGGGUGUCUCCUCUACCACCCCCCGACAAGCGGAGCAUUCGCACCACCACCACCAUCACGAUCACCACCACCACGGCCAUGGACAUGUCGUACCAAGAGCACACACCACUCCGUCUGAAAGACCCCAGUCCAACGACCCCAACGCAGGACCCAACCGACGAUACCGUUCCUCCCCUUACCCCAUGCUCUCCGUCGACGAGGCCCUCCAACAAAUCAGCCAGCAUACCCCCGACCCCGUCAUCAUCGAAGUGCCCGUGACAACCUCCCUGGUCGGCUCCGUCCUCGCCGAGGAUGUCUACGCGGCGGAAGCCGUGCCCGCGUACCGCGCCAGCAUCGUGGACGGAUACGCAGUGAUUGCCCCUGAAACCCCCGACUCCGGGCCCAGCACCAAAGGCGUCUUCCCCGUGGCGUCCAUCACGCACGCCAACCCCGGCGGGACACUCGCGCCCCUGGAGCCCGGAACAAUCGCCCGCAUCACCACCGGUGCGCCGCUCCCACCCAACGCCAACGCCGUCGUCAUGGUCGAAGACACGGUCCUGGCCACCGCCACGCCAGACGGCAACGAAGAGGCCACCGUCGAGAUCCUGACCGGCGACAUCAAGCCCAACGAGAACGUACGCGAACCCGGCAGCGACGUCGCGCUGGGGUCUUGCAUCCUCCGCAAGGGCGACCUGAUCACCCCCGUCGGCGGCGAGAUCGGCCUCCUCGCAGCGACGGGCACCAAAACCGUCAAAGUAUACCGUAAGCCGUGCGUCGGCGUGCUGAGCACGGGCGAUGAGCUCGUCGAGCACGACGACCCCGCCGCGCUGUACGGCGGCCAGAUCCGCGACUCCAACCGGCCGUCGCUGCUCUCCUGUCUCGCUGCGUGGGGGUUCCCGACCGUCGACCUGGGGAUUGCGCGCGACACGCCCGUUGGCGAGCUCGAGCGGAGUCUCCGCGACGCCCUCCGCGGCGUGGGCAAGGCCUCCACCAGCGUCGACGUGAUCGUCACGACGGGCGGCGUGUCCAUGGGUGAACUGGACCUGCUCAAGCCGACCAUCGAGCGCAGCCUCGGCGGCACGAUCCAUUUCGGCCGCGUGUCCAUGAAGCCGGGGAAACCGACCACCUUCGCCACCGUCCCGUUCAAACCAUCCGCGACGGACGGGGCGCAGCAGGAGCGCGAGACGAAACUCAUCUUCUCGCUGCCGGGAAACCCUGCCUCGGCGCUGGUCACCCUCAACCUCUUCGUGUUGCCAUCGCUGCACAAACUGAUGGGCAUGGGCGAGAGACAGAUUGGGGCGACGGCUGUGCCUGUGCCUAUGGGCCUGCCUCUUGUGUUUGUGUGUCUGGCGCAUGCGUUCCCGCGCGAUGCAAAACGCACCGAGUAUCACCGUGCGGUGGUCACGGCGAGUCGGUCCGACGGGCGGCUGUAUGCGUCGAGUACGGGCUUGGAAGGAGUUGGACAGCGCAGCUCGCGCGUCGGCAGUCUUGCGAGCGCGAAUGCGCUGCUGGUCAUUUCACCUGGGACGGGGAAGAUGGAAAAGGGGGUGCUGGUGGAGGCCUUGAUGAUGGGGCCUGUUGUGCCUGGAGUGUAG